AUGUUCGGCAUGAAUUACACUGAUCCUCCUGAUCCGGCUAACAAAAAAUUGUACGAAGAUGAAUUGGAAGCUGAUGUUGGAGCUAGACGAAGAGGAAGAAGAGCGGUACACAAGGAAUUUUCACCAUACUCUGUGAUUAAACCUUUACGAUUGAAAGACAAAAUGGAAGCUAAUGCUAAUCGGUUACGGGAAGAAAAGAAAUAUUUGAAUUCGAAAUCAAUUGCUGAUGAAUUUAUCAAAUCGGAAUUGGAUGCAUUGGAUAAGGUGAUUGCUGAUGAGAAAAAAGUGGAAGAAGAAAACGGAUUUGUGUUGCUUCAAGUCACUUCAGAUAUGAUUAAGGGAUUCAAUUCUUCUAAGAAUUCGGGGGUUGGGUUGUCUUCUUCGUCUCCUGUUACUCAAACGAACACUGGAACCGUAAUUGGAACAAAUAGUGACAAGGGUAUUUUGGAUAUGAAAGACUCAAUGAAUGAGAAUGGGAAUUUGGAAAUUGAUUAUGGUAAUAAUAUGAAGAAGGAACAGGGAGCUAAUUUCUUGAACAUGGAUUUUUCGAAACCUGUUAUAUCCCCUGCAGCUAAGUUGGUUAGUGAUUACAAAAAAAAAUCUUAUCCUCGUAUGGUUGAAUCAACAAAUACUGUGGUGGAUCUUAAUAUCAAAGUAAUUCCAAAAGUUGAUGGGAAGCCUAAUGGGAAAGUUGAGUUGCCUUAUGCAGAUUUAAUGUUGGGUGGUGCCCCUUAUCAUGCAACUUUGUAUGGGUUUUUUGUGGGCAAAAAACUUGCGUUUCCAACUGUUAAUCACUUCUCUUUUAAGAUGUGGAAGAUUUUUGGGCUGAAGGAUAUAAUGGUAAAUGAUGAAGGAUUCUUUUUCUUUAAGUUUGAUUCAAAGGAAGGCAUGAUGAGUGUGCCGGAGGGAGGUCCAUGGCUGAUUAAUAAUGUACCUAUGUUCGUUCAAAGAUGGAGGCCUGGUCUUGUGCUGAGUAAACCGCAAAUGAAUUCUGUCCCUGUGUGGGUAAAAGUAUUUAAUGUUCAUUUGGAAUAUUGGAACAGCAAGGGAAUAACUUUGAUUGCUAAUGAAAUUGGGAAACCAAUUGCUAUGGAUAAAAUAACGCAGAAAAUGUGUAAUGAACAUUGGGGAAGGCCAGCUUUUAUGAGGUUUCUUGUGGAAAUAUCAGCAGAAUUUGAAUGGAUGAAGGAACUAAGUGUAGUCUCAAUUGACUUUGGGACAGGAGAAAAAGUUGAAUCAAAAUGCAAGAUAGAGUAUGCGUGGAGGCAUGAUAUUUGUAAUCACUGCAAAGUUUAUGGGCAUAAGAAUAGUAAUUGUGGGAUUUUAAAUAGCAUGAAAAAUGAUAAUGUUGCUGAUGAGACUGUUAAUUCUGGAAAAAAUGGGAAAAAAGAGCAAGUUGAUGAUGAUGGUUUUAUCUUAGUCACAAAGAAAAACAAUAAAGGACAGAAGGUUAGUCCAGGUGUGGUUAUUAAUGAAAAUGGCAAAGUUGAUUUGAUUAAGUCCUUGGAGAAAAGUACAAUCCCUGUUAGUGAAGGAGUUAAUAUUGGCAGCAAUGAAGGAAGUUCAAAAGAGAUGGGUGAUCAAGGAAAAAAUAAAAACAAACAAAUUGAAGAACAAGAAAAUCAAAAGGGAGCUCAAAAAGAAGAUCGAAUCAGUAAAGGGGUUGAAAAUCGGAAUAAUGGGGGUAAUUUUUCGAAAUAUGCUGUGGGCAAUAUCAAAAAAGAUGGGAAAGAGAAAGGGGUAUUUCAGUCAAAAGAGGGCAAAAGUGGGAAACUGAAUGGUACAGGGGUGUUUAUCCCAAAAGAAAAGUUGGGGACAAGAGUGAAGAAUGUAAUUGAAAAUUUUAAUGCUAGAAAAGAAGGAAUGCAGGUGAAAAAAGAAGAAAAUCAGAAAAAGGUGUAUGUUCCUAAGAAGCAAGUGGAUUUUAAAGUUAGUUCUAACUUUGAUAAUAUAGGUUCUACUUCUGGAAAAGAUGAUCAAGAUGAGAUAAUAUCACAAAACCCUUUUGAUGUUCUUGCUGAUUUGGGAUUAAGGGAUAUGUCUUAUUUAGAUGAAAUUGACCAGGAGAUUUUAACUGGUGGUGGCCAGGAGACAGUCACUGAAAAAAUAACUGUUGUUCAAUGA